AUGAAACUCUCAACAUCGCCGUCACAAUGGCUUGCCACGGCCCUGCUGUGUAUGGGCUUGGUGGAUGCGCACACCGUUAUUGUCUAUCCUGGCUACCGAGGCAACAACCUUCACACUACCGGAAGUGUCGAGGGCACUGAAGGUCUUGGUGCUGCUUGGAGCAGCGACAACGACACCAUGCUUUAUCCAUACGGAAUGCAAUGGGUCUAUCCUUGCGGCGGCAUGCCCACAUCAGAGAACCGAACGAAAUGGCCUGUCCAAGGCGGCGCCGUAUCCCUCCAACCAGGCUGGUUCCCAGGCCACGCCCGAGCACAGAUCUAUAUCAACCUGGGCCUGGGGACGGUGCCCCCAAACAUGAGCCAUCCCAUGAUCACGCCCUUCGAGAUCGUCGGCCCAGACAACGACCCUUACCCCGGCACCAUCUGUCUUCCACAGGUCAAGCUGCCGGCGGGAAUUGAGGUCAAGGCGGGCGAUAAUGCGACGAUCCAGGUUAUUGAGCUGGCUCAGCAUGGAGCAGCUCUGUACAAUUGUGCGGACAUCACCUUCGCCGAACCUGAAGACGUGGCCGACGUCAAUCAGACAAACUGCUUCAACUCGUCUCACAUCUCGUUCGAGACAUUAUUCACCACCGCAUCGCUAGAGAGUGCCGGGCUUGAAGUUAUCACCGUGCCUUCCUUACUCACUACCGUCCUACCAACGUUCUUGACCAUCGCGUACGGGCUUCUGAUGGCGUAG